AUCAUUGAAACACAAGCUUAGCAACAAUGGGGUUCUGGCAAAUUGGAUUAGGAUUGGUGGUUUUUCUUACACUGGGCUACUCUGAAGCACUUUGGAGAAACAAAAGAAGUAGUAAUUACCUUUUUAUGCCUAGGGCGCUGUCAAAAUUUCAGAAGAUUGACUCCAGAAUGCCACCAAUUCCACAGAAAUAUGACCCUAGUAACCUUGUAUUUACACCAGAGAAGUUUCCUGUCCAGAAACCAGCCAGGAGUGAUUUUAAAAAGCCUUCUCAAGAUGUUUUGGGUGUUCAGUCAAAAGAGCUGCUGCUGGGUCCAGUGCAAAAACUGACAUGGAGAUUUCCAAGCCUACCAGAAGAACCAACGCAGCCAAGUGUUCCCUUUAAUUUGCGCCGUCCUGUCCCUGCCAAAAGUGUGGCAGCUCGGUGUGCUGAAAACUCUGUAUAUGUAGAGGUGAUGCAAGAUUUCUUUGGGAAUGGGAAGCCACUGAAAUCAUCUGCUUUUACACUGGGAGGCUGUACUGCAACUGGAGAAGACACUUCUGCUCAAGUGCUCCUCUUUGAGUCAGAACUGCAUGGAUGUGGUAGUAUACUAACUGUGACUGAAGAUGAGCUUGUCUAUACGUUCAAACUUGUGUACACCCCACAAGAGGUUUUAUUUGGUGUUCCUAUUGUUAGGAGCAAUAGUGCGGUGGUUGGUAUCGAGUGUCACUAUUCAAGAAAGCAUAAUGUGAGUAGCGAUGCCUUAAUGCCCAAUUGGAUCCCAUAUGCCGCUUCUAAAGCUGCAGAGGAGAUCUUUGUGUUCUCCCUCAGGCUCAUGACUGAUGACUGGCAAUUCGAGAGACCUUCUAACCAGUACUUCCUGGGUGAUAUCAUAAACAUUGAGGCAUCUGUACAGCCAUACAGGCACGUUCCCAUCCAUGUAUUUGUGGACAGCUGCAUUGCUACAACAGUUCCUGAUGCUGCGUCUAUCCCCAGAUACUCCUUUAUUGAGAACAAUGGGUGCCUGGUUGAUGCCAAGCUCACAGGCUCAAGGUCUCACUUUAUGCCCCGAACUCAAGGUGAUAAGCUGCGGUUUCAGCUGGAGACAUUCAGGUUCCAUCAAGCAGGCAGUGGACUGGUCUACAUCACAUGCAUAUUGAAAGUGUCUACAGCAACUCCUCCUACUCCAAUAAGUCCUGAACAGAAAGCUUGUUCUUUCUCUGCUAAUAAGUGGGUAUCCGCAGAUGGUUCUGACCAGGUGUGUGCCUGCUGUGACACCUUCUGUAGUACCAGAAAUGGACGUGAUCCGAUGAUUAAAGAUCUGUGGUGGGAUAAAGCAUCUGUUGGACCCAUUAAUGUCAAGGAAUAUGGCCAUGGACAAAAAAUGACUGGAAGUGCCAUGUGAUUUGUUUAAAAUAAAAAAUUAGUCUUAAUAGGAUUUUGAUCUCUUGUCUACAACUUUGUA